CGGAGGAGGGGCGCUGCUGGCUGAGAUUGUAUGACCUUUUCUGAAGAUUCCAGUUCCAGCCAGAGAGCUCCCACCAUGACACCUGGAAAGGAACGGGAAGCAUUAUAUGAAGAUGCUUCUGGGGAAGGGGUUGCUACAGUUUACAGCAGUACACCGCCACAGAUUUCAGACUCUACAGAUGAAUUCACUACCUACUUUGAUCAGAAAAUCCCAAUUCCGGAAGAUGAAAAGCAUCCCUGGUUCAGUUUUCGAAAACUCUGGGCCUUCACUGGGCCAGGCUUUCUUAUGAGCAUCGCCUACCUGGAUCCAGGCAACAUUGAAUCAGAUCUACAAUCUGGUGCAGUCGCAGGGUUUAAGCUGCUCUGGGUUCUCCUGCUGGCCACUGUCAUUGGUCUGCUCUUGCAGCGCUUGGCAGCAAGACUGGGAGUGGUAACAGGACUUCAUCUGGCUGAAGUAUGCAACCGGCAGUAUCCAAAGGUCCCACGGAUUAUCUUGUGGCUGAUGGUGGAGCUGGCUAUCAUUGGGUCCGAUAUGCAAGAAGUCAUUGGCUCAGCAAUUGCCAUUCACCUCCUGUCUGUGGGGAAGGUCCCUUUGUGGGGUGGGGUUCUCAUAACCAUUGCUGACACCUUCAUGUUUCUCUUUCUGGACAAAUAUGGCUUGAGGAAACUGGAGGCGUUUUUUGCCUUCCUAAUCACUAUCAUGGCCAUUAUGUUUGGAUACGAGUAUGGUACAGUAAAACCAAACCAGGCCGAGCUGCUGAAAGGGAUGUUUGUGCCGUACUGCGAUAAGUGUGGCCCUCCUCAGCUGGAACAAGCUGUGGGGAUCGUGGGCGCUGUCAUCAUGCCACACAACAUGUACCUGCAUUCUGCUUUGGUUAAGUCUCGGCAGGUAAACCGGGCCGACAAGAAAGAGGUCAGUGAGGCCAACAAAUAUUUCUUCAUAGAGUCCUGCAUCGCCCUCUUCAUCUCCUUCAUCAUCAAUGUCUUUGUUGUCUCCGUCUUUGCAGAAGCUUUCUAUGGUAAAACCAACGAGCAAGUGCACAACGUGUGUGCAAAUUCCAGUAUUUCACAUGCUGGGCUGUUUCCAUUGAACAAUGAUUCCCUGGAUGUGGAUAUCUAUAAAGGGGGUGUCGUUCUUGGGUGUUAUUUUGGUCCUGCUGCUCUCUACAUCUGGGCUAUCGGGAUUCUGGCUGCAGGUCAGAGCUCAACAAUGACUGGGACCUAUUCUGGACAGUUUGUCAUGGAGGGGUUCCUGAAUCUGAAGUGGUCGCGUUUUGCUCGAGUGGUUCUGACCCGCUCUAUUGCCAUCACUCCAACCCUCCUGGUCGCCAUUUUCCAAGAUGUGGAACGUCUGACUGGCAUGAAUGACUUUCUAAACGUUCUGAUGAGCUUACAGCUUCCCUUUGCUUUAAUUCCAGUCCUCACCUUUACCAGUCUGCGCCCUGUGAUGAAUGACUUUGCCAAUGGGCUGGGCUGGAAGAUUGCUGGCGGGAUUCUCGUCGUCAUAAUAAUUUCCAUUAACAUGUACUUUGUAGUGACUUAUGUCACUGCUCUGGGGCAAGUGGUAUUGUAUGUCAUUGCCUCAAUUAUCAGCAUUGUGUACCUAGCCUUUGUGGCAUACUUGAGUUGGCAGUGUUUAAUUGCUCUCGGGAUCUCCUCCCUAGCCUGUGGGCACACGGUAAGAGUCACGAGAUCCUUGCUUACUGAAGAGCCGUCUCCAACGCGAAUUAAUUAAAAUACUGGGUCUGUCUGUUUCCACAGCAGCUAGCCAUCAGGGCCAGUGCGUUUCUAUGGUUUACUGUGUGAACAAAUACCAAUGUAUGUGCAGUUUGGCACAG